GUGCGCUAAAAUAGAGACACCAACCAAACAACAGAAAACCGGUGGUGGUUUUUGCAGUCAACCAGGCGACUUCUAACUGGCAUAAAGAUGUUUUCCAGGCUGGUCUGCACCGUUGGACGCCUAGCACCCGCCACAGGCCGCGUGGGUCUAUGGAGACCGCUGUCUACCUGUCAACCUCGCUUCACGAACGAUACUCCACAACCGGUUUCCACGAGUGGAAGAACUGGUCUGGCUGGUUUCCUGGAGAGCAAGACAGGUGUAACAGGGGCCGGGACUCUGGGAGUGGGCAUGGCAGCAUACCUCAUCUCCAAGGAGAUUUACAUCAUCAACAACGAGACGGUGGUUGUCGUGGUGGUGGGAGGAGUGAUAUACUACCUCCUGAAGAAGAUGGGACCACCUAUCACUCAGUACAUUGACGAGAGGAACCAGAAAAUACAAGACAGGUUCUAUGGCUUCCACAAUGCCCAAAUCAAGGAGGUGGAGGACGCCAUUGUCGACCAGCAGAGACUGGACGGCAAUCUCGAAGUCCGUCACGACAUCUUCAGCGUAUUGAGGGAGAACAAUGCGAUGCAGUUGGAGGAGGAGUACAGGAGACGAUGGCAUGAGGUCAUUACAGAGGUCACCAGACGACUAGACUACCAGGUGUGUUAGCUCUCCUCUAGUGAGUGAGACUAGAGUCUCUGUCUCUCUAUCGAUGUAUAGUUGGAGGUGCAGAAAGUUCAGAAGGCAUUCCAGCACUCUCACGUGGUGCAGUGGCUGGAGAAGGCCGUCAUCGAUAAUAUCAAGGGACAAGAGGAUGCCAGUAUCAGUCGCUGUAUUGCAGAUCUCAAGAAGUUAGCAGUGGCCUGAACUUUGAACCCAGAGAAAUGCACAGGCACCUAGCAACAGAUAUUAUGUAUAGAUGUCGUGUGUACAACUAUCUAUUGAUGGCUCGAUUAGGCACACAACAUUUUCCUCAGAAAGACAUUGGAAAAUGAAAGUCUUCUUAUAGCAGACCCGUGGAUGCAGACAUCUAUAUUCACACUCUCUAUGACUUGCUCAUGUGGUUGCUGUAAACAUGCCAAUUAAUUUCCAAUUUAAAUAGCUGCAUGCCAUCAUAGUGGCUCUAUACAUUGGGUACGUCAACCCAAUGACAGAAUUACAAUCUCAAUUCUCGAACCC